UCCUGUUUACCUCGCAAAAAAGAGAAGCGACACGAAAAUGUCUUUGAAUCACAUUUGAUUUUAUUAACGUUUUCUUAAGUUGUAAAUUAUCGACUUCAUGUUGUAUUUGAAAUAUAUCAAUGGGGGAUUCAAAUGUGCCGCACGAAAGUGUCACAAACUGAGUACACGUGCACAGUAUAAGAACACUCAUGGGUAGUUAGUCCGGUUAUCCCGUCUGUAUGAGCUUCUGAACCGUGUAAUAUGGGGUGGCACUCUCGAACCCGAACCCUUCAAGUGUUUGAUACGGAGUUGAGCGCUGAUACCGUGGAGUGGUGUCCCAUACCGGAAUGGUCUCAUGUUUUGGCGUGUGGGACCUACCAACUUCAAAAAAGCGAUGAGAAGACUGCAGAAGGGUCUACUGCACAAAGCAGAAUAGGUCGACUUUUUCUGUUCCAUUAUAACAAACAACGAUCAUUCAGCCCUCCACUCACAGAGACUCAACGAAUAGACACUCCUGCUAUACUGGAUCUGAAGUGGUGUCAUGUACCUAUAUCAGAAAGACCGCUCUUGGGUAUGGCCACUGCUGGAGGAGAAGUCCAGCUGUACAAACUCACAGAGCCUCAGCAGGUCACUUGUGAUCUGGAAUGUGAAUCGAUCACAGUGUUGGGUCCUGACAGGCUGGCUUUAUCAUUAGACUGGUCUACAGGGAGAAGCGACAGCAGUGAUGUACGCGUCGUAUCCAGUGACUCCACUGGGUCUCUAACAGUGCUGUCUCUGGGGGAAGCAAGUUUAACUGCUGUGUGUCAGUGGAAAGCUCAUGACUAUGAGGCUUGGAUCUCAGCAUUUAGUUACUGGGAUACUCAGGUUGUUUAUUCAGGUGGUGAUGACUGCAAACUAAAGGGCUGGGAUCUGAGAAUGGGUUCCUCUUCCCCUACCUUUACCAGCAAAAGACACACUAUGGGAGUGUGCAGUAUACAUAGUAACCCCCAUCGAGAGCACAUAGUAGCCACUGGAAGUUAUGAUGAGAACGUGUUGCUCUGGGAUGGGAGGAAUAUGAAACAGCCCUUGAGUGAGACUGCUGUUGGUGGGGGCGUUUGGAGACUCAAGUGGCACCCCAGUCAAGAGCACCUGUUGCUAGCUGCAUGUAUGCAUAAUGAUUUUCAUAUUCUCCACUGCCAGCAGGCUAUGGAUGGACAAGAUGCACCAUGUCCUGUCCUGGCUUCCUAUAUUCUACAUAACUCUUUAGCAUAUGGAGCAGACUGGUCUCAAGUCCCCCUAAGCAACUCUGCUCCCUCUUCUCCUCAGGAGCCACCCCAAACCAGCGCUGGGCUCUCAGAGUCUCUAGGUCACCUCAGGAUCCACUAUGAGUCUCCCACUGCCAGCUUUGACACGUCCCUGGAGGAUGACUCGGGACAGUACAUCCCAGAACACUUCUCUUUAGCAGAGAAAAGUUCAGCUCCAGAUAGCCUCCCUUUCUCCACUAAAGACUCUCAGUCUCUGUCCUGUGUGCUGGCUACCUGCUCCUUCUAUGAUCACAUGCUGCAUGUUUGGAGAUGGGACUUGAGCCCAGAGGAACGACAGGGAGAGUCUGAUCCUGCCCCCUCUUCCUGAAACCCUCACUGCUUCUGUUAUGAGUGACAUGCUGCUCUGUUAAAACCUAUUUUAAACUACAUAUUCAUAAUGCAACCUUUAGUAGUGUCCUGCUAUUUACAGUAUUACUUUAAAUAUAUGCAGUUUUGAGAUAUCUUUAUUUCAAACAAAGUGGGAUUAUGUGAUUAUAUAUUUUAGCAAUAAAACAUCUUUCAGUAUUUA